AAAUGUCAAAAUUAAUAUUAAUUAAAGAAUUGGAAUAUAAUGAAAAACUUGUAAGGAAGCACAAGUUACAGGAGUAACACAAUUGGCUAGCUGUCUAAGGGACACUAUAUGGGGAAACAAAUACAUGCAUGUAGAAGGAAAAAUGAAAUUAUCACCUUAAGUGUCACCUGAAAGGUGUAUCACCUUUAGUGUGUUAGUGGUGUUAGAAAACCAAUGUACCAACCACAUGAGAGUAUUAAAUCGUGGUUAUGAGGCUUUUAUAGACAACCAAAAUUCAACAGGCAGGGGCUGAAAGUAUUUUGAGUAUGAAGAAGAGAUGAGAGAAUUGAUGAGUAUGAAAAAAAAAUGUUAACCCUGAGUUAUUAUUAGAUAACAAUAUAGUUAAUGUGCUGAUUGUGAAUGAGGAUAAAGAAAAUUAUGAAAUGGAAAGCAUGAGUCUAGAACUAUCACCAGUGGUUACACUGAAUGAUACAUCAGAACCAGAACCAAUACCAGAAAAAUAGAAGAUAUGUAGUAACAAACCAAAAAAAUAAAUUGUGUUGUGCCCUGGACUCCAAUUAUGUUCACUGCGCCGUAUUAUCAAAUCUCCUUCAAAUCUCUCAAUACCGACAUACCCAAAUCUCCAAAUACUCUAUUACCUUAUCUCUGCUCCAAAUCUCUCUCGCAUAAAAGACACUUUUAUGGUUGGGCGCGGUUAUUGUUAAGGUUAUGUAUGGCGUUAUACUUAUGUUAAUGUCGAUGUUUGUAACCAGAAUAAGUAAAUAAACAGACAAAGAUUUUUAUAAAGUUCCCAAAAACUUUAUUUGAAACAGAAGACGCCUUCCAAGCUAAACAACAUGAUAUAGCAGCAACUAUUCAAUCAAAAUAUAAAGAAAUACUUGAAAGAAGGAAAUAUUUAAAAAUGAGCUACACUGAAAAAGAAGCUGAAAGAAGAAAAGCUGCGGUUCUUGUUAUUAGAAAAUUCAUUAAGGGAUUUAUAACAAGAAAUGGGCCAGUUAACGACUGUAAUAAAGAUUUCGUUGAAAUGGCAAAACGGAAUUGGUUGAUGAGACUAUCAAAAAGUCUUCCAUCGAAUAUUUUAAAAAGAACUUGGCCACCAUGUCCGUAUAGUUGUAAAGAGGCAUCAGCACAUUUGGAAAAAUAUUACGCCUCUCAUAUGUCAAGGGUUUAUCGCAAGAAAUUAACCCCCGAAAGAAAAUUGGUAUUUGAACAAAAGAUUUUGGCUGAAAAAUUAUUUAAGGGUAAAAAAGCGAAUUAUCCUGAAAGUCUUCCGCAUUGGUUUGUAACUAAUAGAUUAUCAGCGACUGAUAUUUCGAUUGAUACCAUUUUAGAUGAGAAACAAAGGUACUGUUCACCUGUUAUAAAAUACGAUCGACGUGGCUUUAAUGAAAGGGAUCGUAUCAUGGUGGUUACUAACAAUUCAUUUUGUUUAAUCGACGUUAAACCAAAACAACUAAAAAUGAAACAUAAAUUUCCUUUAGAUAAAUUGGAAUUUAUUAUUUCACCAGCAUUAAAUAGCUUCGUAUUGAUAAAAAUCCCAGAUGAAAUGAAAAAAGCCGAUAAGGGCGAUUUAAUUUUAAAAGUGCCUCAUUUAAUCGAAGCGUUAACUUUAACCGUUGAAAUCACUGAGAAGCCUGAAAAAAUUAUUUUUGCUAAAACUAACAUGAUUGAGUAUGCUAAACCAGGUAAACCUGGUCAGAUUGUCUUUAGUGUAGGACCCCAAGAAAACUUUUUUAAAGAUAAAAAGAAUGGAAAUUUACUUAUUAUUAGUCGUAGCACUGUUGGUCUUAAUAAUACUUAA